CCAAUUAGAAGACUGGGGUAAAACCAUACAAGUAUUGCCUUCGAAACCCUCCUCUUCUCCCUCCCUUCAACGUCACCGGAGUCAUAACCUGAGCUCGGCAGCAACAACUUCUCCGGUGGAUGCUACUACGCAAAUAGGGCACUUGAACUUCUCUCUCUAGCCGUGCUCGUUAGGUACGGCCGACUAUAUACAUAUAUAGAUCAAUAGAUAUAUAUAUUUUGCGAAAAAGUAGAAUCAGCUGAUAAAAAAAUGGGAGAAGGGAGAGAAGGGGACUGGGAAUGUAGCGGAUGCCGGAACAGGAACUACGCUUUCAGGUCUUUCUGCAAUAGGUGUAAGCAGCCUCGUAUUCUCGUCGAUAAUAAGACCCCGGCUGAUUCCAAAUGGCUCCCUCGAAUCGGCGAUUGGAUCUGCUCCGGUUGCACUAACAACAAUUAUGCAUCAAGAGAAAAGUGCAAAAAGUGCGGGCAACCAAAGGAGGUAGCAGCAAUGCCAGCGAUUGCAAUGCCUGGAGCUUCUCUCCCAACUUAUUCGCAUUAUUUUGCCAGGGUCCAAGGAGGAGCAGAGCAAAAAAUGAAUGUUGGAUUAAUAGGAAAUGGUGCUUUUCAACAGUCUCUUCCUCUGGCCUCUAGCUGGCCUGUAGCAGGGCCUGACAAGUUUGGAGUUCAGCCAGCUAGUACUUGGCCCUUUGGUGGAAAUCCUAAUUCUGGAAUUCCAUAUGCAAAUCCUACGAAUCAGCUUCUUUCAGUUCCCAAAGGAUGGCGCAAUGGUGAUUGGUUAUGUAGCUGUGGUUUCCAUAAUUACUCUUCCCGUGCACAGUGCAAAAAAUGCAAUGCUUUUCCACCAGCACUUGGAACAAAGCGCUUAGCUUCUGAGGAGUUUGUGCAUGACUGGGACAACAAGAGGUUAAACAUAGGACUUACACACGGCCAACUUCGAUUCCCAGGUUUCGAGCCUCUGGUGGGUGCUAUUGGUGACUCAAAUCCUAUAGCAUACACUUCCUAUCCCAAUGUAAAUUUUGAUGUGGCUUCAAGUUUGCAAGUUCCUAUGCACUUGCCGCACCAAGCAACUGCUCCUACACUACUUGGUAAAGGUGCAAAGCAAUGGCGAGAAGGCGAUUGGAUGUGCAAAAGUUGCAACAAUCAUAAUUAUGCAUCUCGAUCACAAUGCAAUAGAUGCCAAACCGAAAGAGAUGGAGUUUCGCAGCCCGUCGAUGCCAGUUAACUCCACCCCGACCCCGCCCCCGCCCCUGCCCCCUCGUAGAUUGUAUAAUUGGUGUGAACUGUGAUAAUAAGAUAAGUAGAAGCUAUGUAAUGAUCCCAAUGAAAUAGUCCUAGAAUUAGGGAGCAAUGUCAUCUCCAAUUUUAAGCCGCCAUAAGAUUUCAUCAAACAUUCAGUAAGUUUAUUGUAAUUUGCGCCUCGGCGCAGCUCAAAUGGUCAGAAAUGUGGUGUGGUUUGAGAUUUUACGAUCCAUAGUUUUCUUGUCCCCAAAUAUUGUAGGUCAAAGGGGCGAAAUCUAUUUUCAAAAAAUAUUUAUUAUAAUUUACAAUGUGAUAUUAAAAGCGUGGGUGUGUAUUAUUUUUCAUUUGUCAAAGGCUAACAAGUAAGUCUCUGUGUGUGGAAUUGAAAGUGUUCAUAAAUUAUAUAUGAGAGUUGCUAUUUGGUA